AUGGAGUCUGAGCUUAUUGCUCUAAUGGAGAAUCAUACCUGGGAUAUCGUUUCCUUGCCCCCGCGUCAAAAACCAAUUGGCUGCAAGUGGGUUUAUAAGAUCAAAUUCAAGGCAGAUGGUUCUGUUGAGCGCUAUAAAGCUCGAUUAGUAGCUAAGGGAUUCACUCAAAAUGAAAGCUUUGACUAUCAUGAGACGUUUUCUCCGAUAGCUAAAGAAGUCACUGCACGUUCCUUCUUGACCGUUGCAGCCAUACGAAAUUGGAACCUUCAUCAGAUGGAUGUACAUAAUGCCUUUCUACAUGGUGAUCUUGAUGAAGAAAUCUACAUGGAAAUUCCUCAACGAUUACGCAGACAGGGGGAGUCUCGGAAUCGAAAGGAGCGAUUGCCGGUGUAUUGCGCAAGAGGAAUCAUAGUCGCUGGGUUUGCAAAAUCGGUCAGUGCAUCGACGUCCGAAAUGGUGGAAGCCUUAGCUAUUAGAGAAGGUUUCUCUCUCCUGGCACUGUACUUGGGUCUGAACGAAGGAGAUGAUCUGGAGGCAAAGUUUGGCUUCCACUGUGAGGAGGCCAACGAGGGCAAGGGGGUUCCGGUGACGGCCAAGGUUGUCGGCCGUGACUCGCCGAGCACCAGGUGUGGUCGGACGUGGAGGUCAGGGCGCCGGCAAUGCUUCUCAGCUGGUCUAGGCGGUGGGGCUUGGUGGAGGCUCGGUCGUGGAAGAGAAGCUGUUGUUCGGGAGAUGAGUCCAUCGUGGACUCAAGGUCGGUGA